AUGGUCUACGAAAUGCCAAGAUUGAUUCAAUUAGUCCCAAAUACAGUGCAAAUCACAAGAAAACAAACCAUUACUUGCAUUGGGCUUGAUUUUUUUCAUUCGAACAGUCUUACAUGUAAGAUAGGAGAUACCAUCGGUACAUCCAAUUGGAUAUCAAGCAGUCUGUUUACCUGCGUGGCCCCGGCUAAUAAGCCCGGAAAUGUCUCGUUUGAGGUCAGCAACAACGGCCAGGACUACACCAGCUCCGGUCUUCGCUUCCAGGUCCUAGCGAGACGAGAGUGGCAGCUGUCACCUACCCGUGGCCCGACCGCUGGCGGCAUCGAAGUUACGGUCAUCGGCUUUAGCCUCACAGAUCAGUCCAGCAUCACAAUACGACUUGCGGGAACAACCGUUCGCGUUUUAUCCCGCGGUGGGAACAACCUUACCUUCACCUUGCCGGAGGCGUCGGACCUAAACCCUGGCAAGGUAGAGGUGUACAUGGUUGAUUCCCGUGUGAGGGUCGACCAAGGCGACUUCCGCGUCUUCGAAUAUGUAGAGGGGCCUCGUAUUCUGUCUCUACAGCCUUCAUCUGGGACGGUUGAGGGUCACACUCGUGUGACUGUCAUUGGAAGCUACGAUCUUCGAGGACAAGCAUACUGUCGCUUUCAUAUGCAAAGCCUUUCGGGCCAGGAUGAGACAGUAACCUCGUCUGCGGUAGAGCGCUUGACAAGCUCUACAAUCGUUUGUGCGACUCCUCCGUCAGUAUCGCCGGGUAGUUUCUUCUUACAGGUGAGCGAUGAUCAUGGGUCUUCAUACUCGAGCAAUCGCGCUGCUUUCCUAUUCCAUCCAAGAGUAGAGCUGCAGGGAGUGCGGCCGAGUCGCGGAUACACGAGCGGUAGCUCGCUUGUUACCUGUAUAGGGUCUGGCUUCUUGGACAGUGCUGACUUGCAAUGUCGUUUCGGUUCAGUCAAACAGUCCAGACUCGGAUGGUUAUCGAGCAGUCUGUUUACCUGCGUGGCCCCGGCUAAUAAGCCCGGAAAUGUCUCGUUUGAGGUCAGCAACAACGGCCAGGACUACACCAGCUCCGGUCUUCGCUUCCAGGUCCUAGCGAGACGAGAGUGGCAGCUGUCACCUACCCGUGGCCCGACCGCUGGCGGCAUCGAAGUUACGGUCAUCGGCUUUAGCCGCACAGAUCAGUCCAGCAUCACAAUACGACUUGCGGGAACAACCGUUCGCGUUUUAUCCCGCGGUGGGAACAACCUUACCUUCACCUUGCCGGAGGCGUCGGACCUAAACCCUGGCAAGGUAGAGGUGUACAUGGUUGAUUCCCGUGUGAGGGUCGACCAAGGCGACUUCCGCGUCUUCGAAUAUGUAGAGGGGCCUCGUAUUCUGUCUCUACAGCCUUCAUCUGGGACGGUUGAGGGUCACACUCGUGUGACUGUCGUUGGAAGCUACGAUCUUCGAGGACAAGCAUACUGUCGCUUUCAUAUGCAAAGCCUUUCGGGCCAGGAUGAGACAGUAACCUCGUCUGCGGUAGAGCGCUUGACAAGCUCUACAAUCGUUUGUGCGACUCCUCCGUCAGUAUCGCCGGGUAGUUUCUUCUUACAGGUGAGCGAUGAUCAUGGGUCUUCAUACUCGAGCAAUCGCGCUGCUUUCCUAUUCCAUCCAAGAGUAGAGCUGCAGGGAGUGCGGCCGAGUCGCGGAUACACGAGCGGUAGCUCGCUUGUUACCUGUAUAGGGUCUGGCUUCUUGGACAGUGCUGACUUGCAAUGUCGUUUCGGUUCAGUCAAACAGUCCAGACUCGGAUGGUUAUCGAGCAGUCUGUUUACCUGCGUGGCCCCGGCUAAUAAGCCCGGAAAUGUCUCGUUUGAGGUCAGCAACAACGGCCAGGACUACACCAGCUCCGGUCUUCGCUUCCAGGUCCUAGCGAGACGAGAGUGGCAGCUGUCACCUACCCGUGGCCCGACCGCUGGUGGAACCAUUCUCACUGUUGUUGGAGUUGAAGGCCAAGUGGCAUUUCGUUUGGAUGUCGGCACAGUUUUCGCGUUUUAUCCCGCGAGUGAUUUGAAGUUCCAAUAUGUCAUGCCGUCUCUAUCAAGCAUUAGUCCCAGCGUUGGAUUCAUCAAUGGCGGUACUGUGGUCACUGUAAAUCCGCAACACUUCACUUCUUUGAACCUGGAGUGCAUGUUUGCAAAUAUCAAAGUGAUAGGUUCGAACAUUGGAAGUGGCCUGUGGACUUGCAUGGCACCACCUUUCACUGAAGGAAUAGUUAUGUUUGAAGUCACGGGAAUGCAAAGCGACCUUAGAUUUGUGUACGUACAACAACCAAUCGUGAUUACCCUUCAGCCAUCCAUAGGAUUCGUGAAUUCUACCUCGAAUAAUUUCCUCAUAAUUGGAAAAGGAUUUGACAGAAAUCACUUCGAUGUGUAUGCAGACUCAUACAAAAUUAAUCAGAGUGUAUGGGUUUCAUCAAGUAUCAUUCAGGCAUUUGCUCCGCUAUACCCUUUUCCGAAGACGGUGACAAUUCAGGUUUUGAAUGGUCCGUUGAUAAGCUCGUAUUCACAAGUCAAGUAUAUGCUCCUGGAACCAAUCAAGGUCUCUGAAAUUGUACCAUCUUCGAUCUUGGAAGGAACAGAUGGAUGUAUUACAGUCAACGGGCAAAACUUUGACACAGAACUCCUAUACCAACUGAUACUUCGCAACCUCAACUCGUUCGAAGCUAUUAAAAUUCAGAAGGAUUAUUUGAUUUUCCGAGUAAAUGAGUCCUUCAGGGGAAAUGUGACUGCCUUCAUUCAGUAUGGAGGAAUGCAUUCUGAAGAAUUCACCAUUUCCUUCCUUCCCAGCAUGGUUGUGGAUACAGAAUUUUUCGAGUAUGUGGGAAUCUUACUGUAG